AUGAAAAAUCAUUGGGUUAAUGUCAAAAAAGAGUGGCAACUAUGGGAUUCAUUACUUAGAGGAGAGACUGGACUUGGUUGGGACAUACAGAGGCAAACAGUUGAUGUUCCAGAUGAAUGGUGGGAUGCAAAGUUACAAAAAUAUCCGGAUGCUGCUAAAUUUCGAGUGAAAGGUUUAGAACAUUCUUUCAAACUGGAUGAGUUGUUUAGAGAUGUUACUGCUACAGGAGCUAGAGCUUGGGCACCAACCUCUGGUUCACUACCUCCUUUAUACACCGAGGAUCAUAAUGAUAUAGAGAUUGAUGAGAAUUUGGAGGAAAGUGAUCAUGAGGGAGUGGGUGAUCCAAUGAAAAAAGAGACCAAAUUACUUGGUCCAAAAAGAACGCAAUUUAAGAAAGGAAAAAAGAAUAAUUGUACAACAUCAAAGUUUUCCAAACAGCUUGAUGAGAUUUGUGAGGCGAUCAGAAAUAGGAGUUCAUACAUAUGUACCGAUCCACCGGAAUGUAGUGUUCAAGAAGUUAUCGAUAAGUUAGUUACACUUCCAGGUUGUGAAGCAAUGAGCCCUCUUUUCAAAGUUGGUACUUCUUUGUUCACAAAGAAAGCAAAUAGGGAAAUUUUUGUAGCUUUGAAGGAGCCUAAAUAUCAAAUUGAAUGGCUAAAAGAACAAGAGUUCGAUUUCUAA